GAACCUUCAGUCUGGCAUCAUUGAAUUUUUACUAGCGGCGGAUGAAAAAUUUUUCUUCGUGUGAAAAGCGAUAGAAAAAGCCGAAUCUGUGCAAUGGAAAGCAAUGAAAGCAUGGAUAGUGAACGCGCUAGUCCGACGGAAGAUGAAAAUAGUAACGGCAAUCGAUCUCCACAAGAAGCUGCUGUGCCUGGCUUAGGCGUGGGAGCGGGGGGCUUGAAUGGUGGUGGUGGUGGUGGUGGCAGUCAAGAUGGAUCGAAUGGGGUAGCUGUUGAAGUGGGGGCUGCAGUUGCCAUAGCGGCUAGUAUAAAGGAAAAGCCAAUCGAGUCACAGUGGACCAAGCCCCCGGGAUUCAAUGCAUUUAGUGGACGACCUAUUGGAGAACAUACGGCCUUACAGCAGCAGGCCCAACAGCAACAACAACUGCAGCAGCAGCAACAACCGCCUCCAGCGAAUGGAGUAACCCCGGCGCCCAGUUCAGAUAUUUGGGUGGAGACAAAGGCCGAGGAUGGUCGUUCGUAUUAUUAUCACGCAGUCACAAGAGAAACGACAUGGACACGUCCUGAUGGUCCAAACAUCAAGAUCAUGACCCAGAGCGAAGUCGAGGAGAUCGCAAAAAGACCGCCGCCAGUCACAAAAGUCACAGAGGCUCCAGAGAUCUCGCAUCUUACCUCUCAACCACCACCACACCUAAUGAGUCAGCCACCGCCUUCGACUGCUGCUACACCCGGCGCACUUCUCUCUCAACCUCCGCCGAAUGUGCGACAACAACCACCGCCUUUAUUUCAACCACCUCCAGGAUUUGGGCAGCCACCAUUCUGUAUGCCACCGCCGGCCUACGGCUUUCCUGGUGCAGCACCUGCGGCUGCUGCUCCUACCUGGGGAGUAGGCAUCCCACCUUGGCAACAGCCGCAUGGUCCACCACCAACAGGUGUUGGUGGGGAUAAGCCAGCUCAAAAACUGAUCAUUAAGCCCGGAGUCAUAGAUCCAGCAGUGAUUGCUAGAGCUGCCGAAUGGUCCGAGCAUCGUGCACCGGACGGACGGCCAUAUUAUUUUCAUGCCCAGCGUGGGGAAUCUGUGUGGGAAAAACCGCAGGCACUACGCGAUAUGGAAGCAGCCCGCAUGGCCGCCCAUUCGGGAAUAACGCCUCCGACAGUGGCUGCUCCGCCUCCACAUCAUUUACUUCCCAAUCCGAUGAUGCAUUUGCCACCAGGUACAGCACCUGGUUAUGAUCCACAAAUGGCAUUUGCAGCGGCUGCAGCUGCGGCUGCCUCUACGAAGGCGGCACAGGCAGCCGCCUUAGAGAAGGAGGCAAAGAAAGCAGCCGAAGAGAAGCGAAAAAAGGAGGAGGAACAACAAAAGAAGGCAGCUGCAGCAGCAGCCAAUGCCAAGCAGACGGACAAAUCCCGUCCAGUUACCAGCACGCCUAUAGCAGGCACUCCCUGGUGUGUGGUCUGGACAGGAGAUGCACGUGUUUUCUUUUACAAUCCAUCGACAAGAACUUCGGUCUGGGAUCGACCCGAGGAUCUGAUGAAUCGUGAAGAUGUUGACAAGGCCGUGAAUGAGCGACCGGAGCAAUUAAAAACUGAUCAAGAGAAAUCCCAAGAGGCGGAGGCCAAGUCAACUGUGGAAGCAUCUCGUGAAUUCGUGGAGGUAGCGCCAGUUCAACAGCAACAACUUCAAGAAGUCCAGAGGAUAGAACCAGAAGAGGAAGAGGACGAUGGAAUCAUUAAAAUUCGUACUGAAUCUGAAUCUAGUGUGGAGGAAGUACCCACAAAGAGAGUUCGAACCUUAACAAAAUCGAAGCGAGCCGAAGACGCUGCCUUGGAGGCCGAACAACGUGCAGCUAAAGAGCGUGCCCUGGUUCCACUAGAGCAACGUGUCACCCAAUUCAAGGAGAUGUUGAGAGAAAAGGAUGUGUCUGCAUUCAGCACCUGGGAAAAGGAGUUACAUAAGAUUGUCUUUGAUCCACGCUAUUUGCUGCUUACAUCAAAGGAGCGAAAACAGGUAUUUGAAAAGUAUGUGAAAGAUCGAGCCGAGGAAGAGCGUAAGGAAAAACGCAACAAAAUGCGACAAAAGCGGGAUGACUUCCGUAAACUCAUGGAGGAAUGCAAACUGCAUGGCAAGUCGUCAUUCUCCGAAUUUAGUCAAAGAAAUGCUAAAGAUGAGCGAUACCGUGCCAUCGAAAAGGUGCGCGAACGCGAAAGUCUCUUCAACGAAUACAUCGUUGAAGUGCGACGCCACGAAAAGGAGGAUAAACAGCUAAAGAAAGAUCAGAUUCGCAAAGAUUUUCUGGAUAUGCUGCGCGAGAGACACGAUAUCGAAAGACAUACCCGAUGGUAUGAUAUCAAAAAGAAGUUUGAAUCAGACUCACGAUAUCGUGCGGUGGACUCUCUCUAUAGAGAGGAAUAUUUCGAGGACUAUUUGCAUAUUAUGAAGGACGAGAAGCGCAAGGAACGGGAUUUGCGAGAACAACGGGAAAGAGAACGUCAACGUGACCGCAAAUCUGACAGAAGAGAUCGAGACAAAGAUAAGGACAAGGACAAAAGUCGCAAGGAUCGUGGUGAUCGCAGUCGUUCCAGGGACAGGCAUCGUGAUCGAAGAUCAUCAAAGGAUAGAGAUGAUAAGAGCAAAGCGGACAAAAGCAGAAGGCGAGAGUCCCCGGAGGAGGGUGAAGAUUCGGAGGCUGGCGACAGCGAUAAUAGCGAAUUGGCACGCAUUCGUGAAGAUGAAGCGGAACAAAAGCAAAAGGAACGUGAGAAAAAACUUAGGGCCGAACAGAGUAUUCGGGAGCGGGAGAAGGAAGUUCAACGCACUUUGGCAGGACACUUGCGGGAUCGGGACAAGGAACGCGAGCAUCAUAAGCGUGAUGAAAGUAUAGGACAUUUUACAGCUUUGCUUACGGAUUUGGUACGAGCACCGGACUACACCUGGAAGGAGGUAAAGCGGCAAUUGCGCAAAGAUCAUCGCUGGGAACUGAUCGAAACGCUAGAUCGGGAUGAUCGCGAGAGAAUUUUUAACGAACACAUUGACAAUCUGAUGAAAAAGAAACGAGAGAAAUUCCGGGAAAUGCUUGAUGAGAUCACCACACUGCAGCUAACCAGCACCUGGAAGGAAAUUAAAAAAUUAAUCAAGGAAGAUCCAAGAUAUCUAAAGUAUAAUUCCGAUAAAGGCGAACGUGAGUUCCGCGACUACAUAAAGGACAAAACACUAAAUGCAAAGACAGCGUUACGUGAACUAUUGCAGGAAUGCAAAUUUAUAACACAUAAAAGCAGCGAUCUCAUCAAGGAGAAUGUGAAUCAUCUUAAAGAAAUCCAGGAUAUACUCAAGAACGAUAAGCGCUACUUGGUGCUGGAUCACAUGGAGGACGAAAGAGAUACCAUUGUUUUAAGUUUUUUGGAGGAGCUAAAUAAACGUGGUCCACCGCCGCCGCCUACAGCUUCGGAAUCUACGCGCCGCAACAAAUAAUCAAUCCUAAAUCCCUAACCAAUUCAAAUUAUUCUUAAUUUAUUAUUUUUAACUUUGAAAUUAUUUAGCAUCUAAAUAUUUA